GGUAGCCAGUAUGGCGGACAGCGAAAGUGAUAUAGAAACGGACGGGCUAGAAUUAGCUCUAGACUCAUUGUGCAGUCGUUAUUGCAGCGAUGUGUCCGCCCUAAAAAGCAAAGACUACUGCGCUGCGUUUUGUGAGUUGGUUGAAGCCUACACAGGCCAAUGGCAGGUUCCUCUUCCUCAACUGAAGGUGCUGCGGACAGCACUGCGUGGUUUCACAAAAGCCACGGCCAAAUUCCCCGAUGACUGUCAGCACGUCAACAAUAUUCUCAGCCGUCUGGCCUCGAGUAUCUUUGAGCUUCUGCUGUUUUUCAGCAUAGAGGAAUUUGGGGAAAAGCCUUUAAAAGACAUCCUAGACUCCUAUCAGGCAUGUCAUGCUGAGCUUUUAAGGCACAGGAAUGUAUAUCUUCAGCAUGCAAAGCUGAUCAUAAAAGCUGGUGGUCCAUGGGAGAAUCGGGUGUUGCAAGCAAUCCUAAAACGGACAGAUUUGCCUUCCAAAGAGGUUGACGAUUACCUAAGCUCAGAGCUCCCUGUUUUCUUGGAACUGCGGAUUCGCUAUCUGCAAGCAUGUGAGAGAAUACAUGAAGCUAUGGCCCUGGCUAAAGUCUGCCUGGAGAAGCACAAGCCUGGAAAACAUUUGUACUUCCAUCAAGCUUACUUAACCUGUCUCUACAAGGCCUCGCUGCAUGAACACCUACACAAGCAGAUGGAAGAGCUAGAUGGCCGGGAUGCGGUGGAGAUCAUCUGUAACACAGAGCGAGUCGAAAAAGAUGAGCUCCUUUUGUCGCUGUGCAAAGCCUUCCUUACCCAGCAGUUACACAAGGGUGACAUGUACUACAUAUGGGACCUAGUGUUCAUCUGGAGCAGGUUGCAUCUUCGAGCCCACCCGUCGACACAGGACUUCCUGACUGAGUGCAUGCAGUUGGCUUCCUCUGCAAAGAAUGUCCGCGCCAUCUUUCCCUUCAUCAAACUUGUCACCAACGAGCUGGGGGGCGACGGAGUGCACGUCUGCGUGGAGCUUUGUGCCACGGCCUUGCAGCUGUGUGACGUGCAAGCUGACAGUGUCGCUCAGUCUCUGGUCUCCAAGACCAUUACCUUCCUCCUGCCGGGAGACCUGGAGAUCUGUCGAGCAUGCGCCCUGCUCGUGUUCUGCCUGGAGCGAAGCCUGGAAGCUUACCGAAUGGUGCACCAUCUGUACAAACAUCCUGACCAGGAGACUCAUCCUCACCACAGCUUUGUCCCAACCAACGUCCGCUUCAAAAUUCUGCAGAUGCUGAAAGAACGUCUGUCUUUUGACCCAGAGUUCUGGAGCAUCCUGGCGCUCAGGAACCGCUGCUUGGAGUUGAUAAAUGACAGCGUAAUGAAGGACGUUCUUAUCGAUGAUAUGACGGGAGAAGAGGAGGAGGACAGCUGCUGUGAUGAGGAGCUGGCAAAUGUCUGCGUAAAUGAUUCUUACGCUCAAGACUUGCCCAGCAAGUGCGCUGGGCCUGAAUCUGAGAAACAGCCCCCUAUACUGGAACAUACUUCUGAUAGCCAGACGGUAAGCUUGUCAAGUAAUGCUCCUGUGAAGAAGAGAAACUGGCGCAGGAGACUGCAAAGGAAAGUCCACCUUUUGUCUGAUGAGGACAUGGACCAAGGUGAUGAUCCAGAGUUCAUGUACAAUCUCAAACCCACGUCUUUGUGUAGCAAAUCUGUAUAUUCACUAAGACACAAUCUCACUAAGAGGGAAAAUUGUACUUCUGUCAAACUCCCCGUCAAUCGAAAGAGAGAAUAUUUGUCCCGAUGUGUGAAGAGCCAAAUUUUUAAAAGGAAAGGCAAGAAGAAGAGAUGGUUGCAAGGUCUUCCCAGGCUGGAGGCGCCUCAAACCAUCCAAGAGAAGGUGGUCGUAGUGAAAGGGAAAAAGCGGGGCAGGAAGCCUGCCCAGAGAUGGGAGCUCUCUUACCCUGAUAAUGAAAUAUCCCUCCCCAAGGAUGAGUCUGGGCUUGUAGAGAAAUCUGAAACAGAAAGCACAGAGCAGCAAAUGCCUCACCUGGAGAAUGACCGUGAGAGUGCACAGAUGAAGAAACAACCCGAGGACAUAAAGGAUUGCGGUCAAACCCCGGCGGAAGGUUCCCAUAUUUGUGCUGUUUUUGCUGAGCCUCAGACUGUUAGCCCAGCUGUUGAAGCUGACCCCGAGCUUGAUGGACCACUCCAAGAAUUACAAAGCUCUCCAAUAGAACUUAUGCACAGUUACUAUCUAAAGCCUAUAAACAGUGACAGUGACAGUGACACAGUGCACCCUCCAGAAUCCUACGCACUCGAUAAUGACAUUGUGGAAGGGCCGCCAAUCCUUGACGACAGUAAAAAAUCAAACAGAAAGGUGAAAGUGGUGAGGACGUGGAAGGAAAAGUCUGAACGAGGACAAAAGUAUGCUCAUCUGAGUUACUACUGUAGCUCCUGUAAGAAAAACUAUAAAGGAUUGAAUGUGUUGAGGCAUUCCAUUGCCCACUUCAAGAGGCAGAACAGGUGUAUAAUCUGCGGGAAAUGCUUCCAACACUUCAUUGUAGGCAAAAAGCACAUUUGGGAUCACAUAGAGGAACUGUGCAAGAACCACAAAGACUCUGAUGCCGAAGGAGCUGGAACCACAAACGGGACGAGGAGUAAGCAGGCUGAGGCUCACAGUGAAAAAAAGACUUCAAACGAGGAACCUCGGAAACAUUGCAAAGUCAAAGUUUCCAGCCUUAGUAGGGAAGAUCGAAUCAUCCGAAACCUCCGCUUUGUCAUCAGGAAGAUGCAGGCCCAGUCCAAGAGGUUGAAUAAAGACACCACCACAACACAGUUAGACUUUAAGGACGACCAGGUCGUCAUUCAAGACGGCCUGGUCGUCGUCAAAGCUCCUGUGACCACAAAGGAGGAUGAAGUGGACCCGGCAGGAGAAAACGGCUAUAACGUGAUCUACAAGUUUCUGCUGUGCCCUUCCUUGUCCUGCGAUCGGGUGUUCCUGAAACUCGGAAGCAACUUUACCAAGCAUGCCGUCAGAUGUCACCUCAGCGAAGACCAGGUGCUGGAUAAGACCUUCAUCUGGGCCAAGCACAAAUGCACCUUCUGCUUUCGCAACCUCCAGUUUGUCCAGUAUUACAAGGAGCACAUAAGGCGCCAUGACCCCUCCCUGCCACACUUCUGCUACCACGCGCAAUGCGACCAGCGCUUCUUGACGUUGCAGGAACUGAAAGCGCACAUGAGCACCCAUGACCCUUUCAGUCCCGUGUGCGCUUUCGCCAACUGCGACAAGCAAUUCUCCAACUUAAUAAGCCUCUUCGACCACGAGUGGAGACACUACGUCCCGGCUCCUCAGAGGGACGAGCUGGAGCUGGGUCUCAACCGGCAGCAAAGGCAAAGCGACGAGGCUCCGUGGAAGCAGAGGGUGAAGUUUGAGGAGAUAUGGCUCCAGAGCAAGCAAAUGAAACAGGAUAGAUUGAGAGUUGAGAAAUCUACUGUCGGAAAUCUCAGCGAAAGAGUCAGUGAGGCGAAGGCGUCGGACACCGGGGCGGAUUCUUUGAAGGCGGCAGAGCUUAGCCAAAAGCCCGUCAACGGAUUCGAGGAGGCGAAACAAAGCAAAGUGUCGAAACGAAGCACUAACAAACCCCAUCGGAAAAAGAAGUUCAGGUUUACCUGUGUCAAGCCACCUCCAGAUCCCUUGAACGUCAAGGACCUGGAGCAGGCUGCCACAAUGUCCGAGGUCGUCCGGAAGUUGGAGGAGCCGCUCAUCGCCGAGCACAAGAGCUUCAACCCUCAAGAUCCUUCCUACGCGCCUUUCUACAAAAUGCACUUCACCAGGCUGCCGCCCUCCACCUACAUGGACGAGUCUCAGCUGUCCAUGCGCAAGAGGAGAGACAUGGACAAGGACGCUCACCCGCAAAGUCAGCCCUGUAGUUCUCACAGCCAGAUGGAUCAUUGGGCAAGGAACGAGACACACAAGAGCAAAAGUAACCAUGAACAGAAGAUUAGACAUAGGUGCGAUAAGUGUCUCUCCUCCUUCAGCAGCAUACAAGAACUCCAGAAACACAAAGCUCUCAACACCUGCUCCGCUUUAUUUGGUUUUGACUCUGAAGACGAAACUUAACACGCCUUAUCGAAACCUGUUCGUUUGACCAAAAAUAUGUACAUUUUCUUUUUACUUUGGUUAUGAUAUGAGGAGGACUGAAACUGAAGUGCAACAUACUGAUACUUUUUUUUUUUUUGUCUUAUUCAGUCUAGACAAUGACCAACCAGAUACAGUAUGUGGGUCAAUAAGGCUCUGACUGUUUCUCAGUGCUUGUCCGUCAUCGGAACCAUCAAAAUAUCCAAGGAGCCACAUCCUCUUGGAUCGCUUGUGCCAUUUGCUAGCUAGUCCGUAAAAGUCAGUCUAACUUGUAGAAAUUGAUUGAAAGAAAUUCAUCUGUUUUGGGUACUAAUAUUCAUUCUUCUCUGACAGUCUUCCAAAUGCAUCACCCAUGAGCAGUGUGUGCCAAUCAAAAAGGCUUGAGAGUAAUAUCAAAUAUGUCGUGGAUUUAAUUUCAAGGUCUGACACAUAGUGAUUAAGUUUAUGGAAAAUUUAAUGGAGGUAUUUACUCAAGCAAUCACAAAACUAUAUGAAAUGAUCCAAAUCUGCCCAGACCUCCUCAGUAUUUCACUACGUAGGAAAGAAGAGUUAGCUCGCUCACUCAACAAGCAAAAUUAAAUGGGCCACUUUGUUGUUUGUGUACAAAUCUUCAAGGUCAUUAUGUUGGAUAUAUUUUUUUUUAUGUAUGAGCUAGGUUAUUUAUGUGUACAAAUGUAAAAAAAAACAAAAAACAAAAAAACAUUAUGGUUUAAUGCCAAACUAUUUUUGUUACAUAAAGUGACUAAAAUCUGUUUAAUUAAACAUGAAAAUUU